GGUCACUGUUGAUAGGAGAUGGCGCCGGUUCCGAAGACAGUGGGGCGGAUAAAGCUAGACUGUCCUCUGCUGCCUGGCUGCCCGCUGGGGGCCGCUGCUGUCCCCAAACUGUGCAAGGAAUUCCGCCCUGAGGACUAUGGCGCCGAGGACACAGUGGAUUUUCUUCGACGGCUUGUGGAGAGUGAUCCCCAGCACCUGCACCAGAUCCAUGUGGAUAGGAGCAGCGGGCGGCUACAGCUGUGGCACCAUGGUGGGGGGUGCCGGGGGCUGGGCCCAAGGAUGGAGGCUGGGCUCUGAGAUCGGGCUCUGGGGAAGGCUAGCCCUUAGAUGCUCCUUUCUCUCAUGUUCCUUUUUCUUUCCCUUCUCCUUAUCCCUCCUGACAGAUUACCUCCUAGACCAUUUCUGUGAUGAGGGGAAAAUGCCUGGACAGAGUGAAAGGACCAAGGGGGCCAAGGGACUGGGGACCUACUGUAGUCUCCAGAAGUCCUUUCUGUAUCCUCCCCAAGGGCCUGAGCCCUGUGCUCCUAGCCCCUCUUCCUCUGCCAGUUCAGACAGCCUCCUGCAGGUGGCCAUGCCCCAGAAGCUCCUGCUGACUGAAGAGGAAGCGAACCAUCUGGCUGAGGAGCUGGUGGCUGAAGAGGAGCGCAUGAAACAGAAAGCAGAGAAGAAACGACUCAAAAAGAAGCGUCAAAAGGAUCGCAAGCGACAGGAGCGCUUGGAGCAGGAGGGCGGGGAGCCCAAAGUUGAGGCCACCCCAAAUGGGGAUGGGAGCCCUCCAUCCAGCCCCAGGAACCUUGCUCAGGGACAGUGUGAUGAGGAAGAGGACUCACUGGAUCUGUCUAGCACUUUUGUGUCUCUGGCUUUGCGCAAGGUUGGGCGCAAGGAGGAUUGGCCUCCUGGUGCCCGCAGAGAGAAGGGACUGAACCCGGAACCUCGAGGCAAAACCCGGGGCCCCCAUCAGAAGAUGCGCCAGGAGGAAGGGAGCUCUCGGAUAGAAGAGAGCCCCAGGCAGAGUCCUAAGGCAGAGGCAUGUCCGGGACUGCUGGCAGCUGCCUUACAGCAGAGCCAGGAGCUGGCAAUGUUGGGUACCAGCUUUGCCCAAAAUGGUUUCUACCACAAGGCUGUGGUUCUCUUCACCCAGGCUCUGAAGCUCAACCCCCGGGAUCAUCGGUUGUUUGGAAACCGUUCUUUCUGCCAUGAGCGGCUGGGUCAGCCAACAUGGGCCCUGGCCGAUGCCCAGGUAGCCCUUACCCUGCGACCUGGCUGGCCCCGGGGCCUCUUCCGCCUGGGCAAGGCCUUGAUGGGACUGCAGCGUUUUGAGGAGGCAGCUGCUGUGUUCCAGGAGACUCUGAGAGGUGGCUGCCAGCCUGACGCAGCCCGGGAGCUCCACUCUUGCCUUCUGCACCUCGCUCUGCAGGAUCGGCAAAGAGGAAUCCGGGAACCACCUGGCUUCCCGCAACCAUUUUGCCGUGCUGGGCCCAGUGUCUCAAACCUCCUGCCUGUCAGCCGCCCUCCAAGCGCUGCUCCAAGAGCCUCUGUCCUGUCUGCACCCUGGCGUCAUCUCCCUUGUCACCCGAGCCACUCCAACUCGCCCAUCCCCCAGACUCUCCAUCUCCAGGGCCCCUCAAAGGGCUCUGGUAUCAAGACCGUGGCCCCAGCAUCUACCUCAGGCCAGAUGAUGGAGGAUCAGUACCUCAUAGGACAGGGCUAUGUGUGUAUCCCAUAGCUCCCUGCAUAUCUUGAGACCUUGUAGUCUAAAACCAUAAUUAAAGAUUCCCCCGGUGGUCA